CUCCCUGGCCGAGACGCUUCCUGCGGAGGUCUCCCUGCGGAGUGUGCUCUCGGCCGGCGUGGUGCCCGGUUCCCCCAGGGAGCCGCAGUCCGAGGCAGCCAUGCCUUUCUUCGACGUGCAGAAGAGGUUUGGCCUUAACUUGGAUCGAGGGUUGACAAUCCAAAGUGCGGAGCAGCCCUUCAAGAUCCCGUCUCGAUGCCACGCUUUUGAGAAGGAAUGGAUCGAGUGUGCCCAUGGGAUUGGAAGUGUCCGGGCACAGAAGGAAUGCAAGAUCGAAUAUGACGAUCUCGUGGAAUGUAUGCUUCGGCAGAAAACGAUAAAACGGAUGCAUGCCAUCAGGCAGCAGCGGGAUAAGCUGAUAAAGGAAGGAAAGUACACCCCUCCAGCCCAGCACCUGGGCACCGAGGAGCCUCGGCCCUGAGCUUCUGGGACACGUCGCCACUGCAAACCCCUUUGUCACAGUGUGUAAAAAUAAAGGAUUGUACCAACCUGGCA